AUCAAGAAAAAAAAAUACAAAUCCUAAAUCAAUACUUGCUGAAAUUUCUGGAAACACUUUUCUAAUCUUUGAUUAUUUAGAUAAAUUUGAACAUGAUUUCGAUGAAAAAAUGUAUGUUUAUGAACCUGGUGAUGGAUUUUAUGGCAACGGCGCUAGAGUUGUUUCAAAAUAUUGUUUUGAUCAUUACGGAGACCGUUACAAGCAAUUUUUUAUCAGAUGUGGUGAUUAUUUCCAUGAACUACUUCAACAUGGCACUGAAUUCUUUGUUGAAAUGGGUAUCAAUCGAUUAACUUUGGCGUGUGGAACUGGCUCAACUAGUUGUGUUGCUUUGGCUAAACGUUUGAAGUUGAUCGAUCAGGAUGCAAGUAAAGUCACUGUCAAUGUUCCCGGUGGUUAUUUAAUUAUUUCUAAUGAGAAUGAGUCUCGUUCAUAA